UUUCUACAUUUUCAAAAUAAACAGACAUAACCUCAAAUCACAAUAACUAUUUUCUACUGUGCCUGUAGCAAGAUGGUAGAUGUUGAUGUCAUUGAUUAGUUCGCCUAACUCAAUUAACGUAGUUUAAAACAUCUAUGCUUCAUUGUUAUCAAUAUUCCUUAUAAACUAUUUCGAAAUUCAAUAAACUAUGACUGAAAAAGUGACAAGAGCGGCUGGACUUCUAAUUUUUCGAAGAAAUCCUAACGUGGAGUAUCUGUUAUUGAAAGCUUCUUACAAACCUUACCAUUGGACUCCACCAAAAGGACAUUUAGACCCUGGUGAAGAUGAGAUGCAAGCAGCUUUAAGGGAAACUGUUGAAGAAUCUGGGCUCAGUGCAGAGAGCCUUGCAAUCGACAAAAAGUUUCAUAAACAAUUAGUGUAUGAAGCGUUUGGAAAACAGAAGACGGUUUCCUAUUGGCUCGCAGAAAUCGUAGACAAAAAUGCAACUGUCAAAUUAUCUUCUGAACAUCAAGCAUUUGAAUGGUGUACUAUUGAAAAAGCGCUUGAUAAAGUGGAAUAUGAAGAUACAAAGUCACUCUUGAGAGAAGCGGAGAAAUAUUUGGAAACAUCGGAUAAAUAAUAAUCUUUGAGGCCCCAGUCCCCAGAUAUCGGCACAAAAGUUGUCUUGGUCUGCAGGGGUUGAAGUAAUGACAUACCUGUUGCCAGCAUGAAGUUGUAAUUUGGGAAUGCAGUCCAGCCGAUGGCGCAACGUAUGAAAGGCAGGCGUCUGUGGUAACAGCAUGAGAAGGCCAUACAGUGCUCUGACAAGCGGUCCGUUGUGGGGAACUUCCAAUAACUCCAAUCUCACAUCUGUCGAAUAUAAAAUCAUUAGAAACUGAAUAAAAUUGGAAGUGACUUAAAUCUACGUUAAGGUGAGAAAUAUUUCCUUAUUAAAGUCAAUUGAUGAAGAUAUCGUGAGAGCGAUCUUACCUCGAAAUUGUUCAUAGAAUGUCCCUCAACUUUUAAUAACAAAUCAUUUCUAUGAAAGGUUUACAAAGUGUAUAGAACGUAAAUAAUCACCUCAAUAUUGAUUAUUUUUAUGAUAAUCAAUUAAUUUCACUAAUUGAACUGUACAUACUG